AUGGGCAACAAAAAGCCAAAUGAAGGCAUACAAGUCAAUGGAUGCGUAUUAUUUUUUCGUCUCUGGCUGGGUGAACACCCUCCACAUGCAAUGCGUUGGUUCAGAUAAAGUUGUUGUGUUUGGGAGGGUGAGUGAAGAUGAGCUUAUUAAGUUCGUUGUUCCCUGUCUUAACAUUUUCACUGCAUGUUAUUUCUAGUUUUGUCAGUGACAGAUUUUAGUUUAUGUGUAAAACUACCUUCAGGUGAUACAAAUAAAGUGUUGAACUCAGCUGAUUUGAAGGCUGUGUUAUGUUUCAUUCUGAGUUGAAGAACUUAUUUGGAUCAAUAUUGUAAAAUAUCUGCAGUGGUUCAGUUCAUCCUUGGUUUCAAUUUUGUUUUCCUCUUUCUGGGUAUAUUAAUGUGUGAUAAUGAGCUUUGAACCAAAGAUAAGAUUGAACCGCUACACAGCUAGCCACUUUUAAAAAACGGGAUUGAUUCUUCUAUUUUCAACUUCAUUGUUUUGAAAGACAUAUACAAGCGGCAGGGUUUUCUUAAUUGGCAUUUUUUAUGGGAUACCUUGAACAGGUAACCCACUCAGAGAGCCAGGGAUACCCCUCUUAAAGUGUGGUUUUUGGCCGAAAAAGAUGGCACUGUUAGAGCAUCCCACUGUGAUUGUAUGGCAGAAUUGUGUGAAGCUUGUUCUCACGUUGUUGCAGUGUUUUUGCUCAGUAGUCUGGUGUUAGAGUUAGAGAUUCCACCACUUACACACAAGAAAAAAGCACAUGGAUGUUCGGCUUGCAGCACAAAUCCAGCAAAACCUGCAGAGUCUGGUUAAGUCAAUAUGUUACACUUAUUACUAUUAUUAUUACCCUGAAGCCCAUAAGUUUUCAACUGCAGGCACAAAGUGGGGAUGUAGAAAUGAGGGUAGGGCACGUGAAGCUUACCAGAAAUCCAUUAAUCAAUUCCACAAGUCUUUAACAAUUUCAGACAGUGGUCUGAAUAUUGAUCCAAGGUGGCCAUAGUUGGGAGCUUCCCCUGAGGGGUUUGUAAAUUGCAAAUGCUGUGGGCAGGGUGUAUGUGAAACAAAAUGUUGAUAUGUCUAUAAAGAUGCAGUAAUCUCUGAUACUGCUGGCAAGAAAAACUUUUGUUUAGAAUAA